CCGUGGCGCGCACCCAUCAGAAAGCCUGAGCCUGACUACCGACCAGUGACGAGCCAUGGAGCUCCGCGAGCUGGGCGGUACGGGUCUCCGCGUCAGCGCCGUCGGCUUUGGUGCCUCUCCGCUUGGCAACGUUUUCGGGGACGUGCCCCGCGACACCGCCCGCGCCGCCGUCCGCCGCGCGCUCGACCUCGGCAUCAACUUCUUCGAUACCUCACCGUACUACGGUGGCACGAUAUCGGAGUCAGUCCUCGGCGAUUGCCUCCGCCACGCGGCCGUUCCGCGGGACCGAGUCGUCGUCGCCACCAAGUGCGGCCGCUACAAAGACGAGGGUUUCGACUUCUCCGCCAACCGUGUGACACGCAGCAUAGACGAGAGCCUCGCCCGACUGGGGCUGGACUACGUCGACAUCCUCCACGCUCAUGACAUCGAGUUCACCCAUCUCGAACAGAUUGUGAAUGAGACAAUUCCCGCACUCCAGAAGAUCAAGGAGAAUGGGAAGGCACGGUUCAUUGGCAUCACCGGGUUGCCUCUCAGCAUCUACCCUUAUGUCCUCGACCGUGUAGCACCAGGCUCGGUGGACGUGAUUCUAUCUUAUUGUCACUACGGGAUCAAUGACACCUCCCUUGUUGAUCUGCUCCCCUACUUGAAGAGCAAAGGUGUUGGGGUUAUCAGUGCUUCGCCCCUCUCCAUGGGUCUUUUAACAGAUAAUGGGCCACCGGAGUGGCACCCUGCACCAGAAGAACUUAAGUCAGCAUGCAAGGCUGCAGCAGAUCACUGUAGAAAGAAGGGGAAAAGCAUUACGAAGCUAGCUAUGCAGUACAGCUUAAUGAACAAUGAAAUCUCGACAGUUCUUGUUGGAAUGAACUCUUUGGAACAGGUGGAGGAGAAUGUGGCGGCUGCACUGGAGUUGUCAACAUCAGGCAUCGAUGAAGAACUUAUGCGUGAAGUUGAAGCAAUUCUCGAGCCUGUGAAGAAUCUGACAUGGCCUAGCGGCAUCCAACAAGCCUGACGGCCAGAAGCAGCUUUGCCUAACUGGAGAAGCUGGCAUGAUGAGCGUAUAACUGCUGUUCGAUGCAGUCAAUUGUGCACACCAGCAUCAUUGGCUGCUGAUUGCAAAAUUUGCAAUGCCCGUAUGGUCAUUGAUGGAAGGGGACGAUUGGGACUGUUGGGCUUUUAUGGUUGGGCCCUGUGGUAAUUUAGACAUGUCGAAUAAACGCGAUACGAGCAAUGAAAGAUCGAUGCUGAUCAUUGAAUAAGCCUUUCCCAUACGGCCAUACAUCUAGGGUGGAGUAAAACACCUGUUAGUUUUGCUGCCAGACAA